AUGCACAGUGAUUUAGCAUAUCACCUGAAUAGUCCGGACCCAUUUAACAAACCAUUUGAUGAUAGUAGUCACGUCCACCCCCACCAUCAGCAACAGUACCAACAACGACAACAACAACAACCACAACAAUUUGAACAACCUUCACCUGGUCCCAAUUCUACCUCAAUUGAUCCAUUAGACACAAAUACUACUAUCAAUGCUAAUAACGGUGCUAAUGACAUUAGCCACUUUGCUUCUACUCCACGCACCACCACCUCCACAAAUAUCCCAACAGCCACCCUUCGACAAUCAAGUACAGUAAAUGAAAAUUCUUCGAGUCUACCGACAACACCUAGAUACUCUAGAAGAGUAUCGUUCAACAACUUGAAUCCCGUGGAUGAUGGUGACUUUUUAUACAAUCGUCCUAUAUACAACCAAGCAACUAACGCCAGUAGUGGUAAACAACAUACCUCCUCGUACUCAGGACCUACAUCACAAUCAACCGCAACAACAACAACAACAACAACAACAACGACAACCCCUUUAGCAGUAUCACUGGCUGCAGGAAACAGCUCCGGGGCUACAUCCCCGUUGACUCCACCUGCACAUUUACAACAACACCACCAUAAUUCAGUCAGCGGCUAUGAAAACUAUCGCUACGGUUCUUCCCCACCAGCAGCUCGCCAUACUUCUUUCCCGUUUGCUAAUUUACCCAAAGUACCCAAUUUUGAUGUUAUUAGUCAAGCACCAGGGUCUGCUUAUUACAGCUCACAACAGCAGCAACGUAAAAGAAGACUAAAAUUGCCAAAUCCACCAGCAAAAUCGAUCUUGAAGAAUAAAGUUUCACAGCAACAGUUGGAAUACAACCAUCGGUUUGAAGGUAAUAUAGAAGAUGCAACUAUCAAUUAUCAUCAAGAGGAGGAGACACAAGCUGAAGCGAAUGCGGAAGAAGUAGGGGCCGAAGAAGCAGUAGAAGAAGGAGGAGGAGCGACAGAGGGAGUUGAACAAGAGCAACCUCAACGUAGAAAGUCUUUUGCAGGCAUGAGUGAUGAAGAGUUGCUAGCUCUUGAUCCCCAAUUCAAUAUGAAACCAAAAACUUCAAACUUUGGAGCAUUCAAAUUUGAUAAUCUGAAAAUUUACUACACCAAUCGAAGAUCAUCGUCGUCGGGAGUUUCAGCUUUAGAGAAGUUACAAGCUCAACAGCAGCAGCAACAAUAUCCAUCGUCUAACGAGAACAACUAUCGUUCAAUUGCUCUUACCGUUCAACAUGAUGAUUAUGAUCAAAUUGAAUGGAGACGAACGUUGUUGACGACAAUUUCUGGAAGAAAGCAUUCAUGGAACUGUCUAGAUUGGUUAUUUCAGAUUGACGAAUCGGUGUUGCAACAGAACCAACUGAUUUUGCACGAUGGUGACUACUUAAUUGUGGCAAGCUUCAUCCCACAAAAAUUUAUCAAGGACUACAAUAGCAAAAAGAGAAGAAUAAGCUGUGAUGAAUUUCUCAAAUCGAAAUGUUUUGACUUAUUAGAAUAUCUCAAAUUGAAUCUUGCGAAAUUGGAUUUGAAAAUUAAGAUGACGGUUGAAUUUGUUGUUGAAAGCGCUGAUUACUACUCCAUGGAACGACAUGGAAUGGAGUUUGGUUCCAAAUAUAUGUUGAAUAAGUUGGUGAAGCAGUAUCAUCCCAAUAUUUUUAUCGUGGGCAUCAAAUCAUCCAAUUUGAAUUUCAAGUACAAGAUUAAAAAGAGUAGUGAAAACAACUACUUGCAACCACUCAAAGUACCAAACUCUCGAUCGAAGGAGACAGGGUGGGCAGCAGCGGCAGCAGCAGCAGCAAGAGCAAUCAGNCAGCAGCAGCAGCAAGAGCAAUCAGAGCGUAUUAGGUCCCCGGUUCCAAAGAUUACAUUUAGUGAUGAUUUAGUUGCAGUGGGUACAAACUCAAGCUCAUCUAUCGAGUCAGUUGAAUCAUUUGCACCUCAACCCACACCACCAGAGGAGAAUGAUGGCGAUUUGAUUGAAAACACACUUGCAUUCAACUGCGAAACAAAGUACCAGAGUUGGAUAUCAGACAUUUCCGAUAAAUCAUUCAACGACUCAAUGCAUUACCUUGAAGCAAUCAAGUCAAAAGAUGAUUCGUUAAAGAUUGAUGGCAAGAUUCAUCAAAUUUACAAGUCUCAACUGUAUGGGCCACAAUUGUCUUCAUUUGCCACAUCUUCUUCAACUAAUGGAUCAUCCGCCACGAGCCGACACAACUCCAUUGCGUCCGAUGGAUCUGGAUCUGGAUCUGGUCCAGGGGUAGGCGCAGCUGCAAGUGGCAACGACAAUUUCUACCGCGUAAAGUCCUUAAUCUCCAUUGAAGAUAAUGAAGAUGCCAAGAGGAGAAGAGAAUUGAGACGAAAGCGGAGAGCUAGUGCAGGCACUGCAAGUACCGAUUCGAGUGCAAAUGCAUUGGGUAAUGGUACUGGAGGGCGACUUUCAAGUACAAAGAGCAAUGAUUCUGGCGGGUCUAGUGGCAAUGAAGUCAAGGGUAAGAAGUCAUUUUGGAGGAAAAUUGGAUUCAAAAAGGGGUAG